AUGCAGCACCUCUGUGGCAACUUGACGAUCCCCAGCAACGACACUAAGGUGGUCGACGAGGGCCCUUACGGCUGGCGGGGAGACGCAAGCGUCGGGUUUGGGGGGCGCGGGGGAGAAGGGAACGGGUACGGGGCGGUUAACACGCCGCAGGUGCGCUGGAUGAACGAGGAGGAACUGGCGUUCGUGCGCGGCGUCCUCAAGACCAAGCAGGAGAAGGUCCGCUUGAAGCAGGAAAAGCUCCGCCAGCAGCUGGCCAGCCGGGGCUACUCCGGGACCGAGCUCGUGUCCAUCGGGAGCAGCGGCGCGGCGGACGCGGCCUUUGGCAGGGACGGCGGCAACGGCAACGGGAACGUGAUCUCGCUGGAGGCGUUCGUGGAGUUCUCGCUGUGGUGGGCACCGCUGAUGACGACGCUUUCCCUCCUGAGAAACGACUGGGCGUCGACGAACCCGACAAGGGUGCACGGGUUCAUCAGCAGGAUCGCGGCGGAGCGGCAGCUGCUGGAGAGGGAGCGCGGGACCUUCCUGCUGAGGUUCAGCGAGUCCCAGCCCGGAGAGCUGGUGGUCAGCUUCACGGAGCACGUGACGCAGGCAGCGCCCCGGGAUUCAUCAAUGCUGGCCUCCGCCCCCUGCUCCCGGCCGCGGUCGCAGUCCAUGUGCGUCAAGCACUGCCUGGUGGAGGUCAGGAGGGGCGGCUGGUGCUACAUCGAGGUGGAGCAGGGGUCCAAGGUGCCCUACCCCUCGCUGCACGACCUAGUCCUCGCGUGCUCCAGCAUGGAGGUGCUCUACCCGGACGUGCGGAAGGAGGACGCGUUCGACGAGCCGUCGGGCGGGGGGCCGUGGGGCGGCGGCGGGGGGGACGCCGCGUUGAGCGACUCGAUGCCGCUGUACCCCCAGCCCUCCGACGUGACGAGGUUGAGCGGGCCCGUGGGCGUGGUGACGCUCGAGGAGUGGGGCUCCAGGCCACUCGACAUGGUGCUGGUGGAUGACGAUCUGGAUGCGGACCUGACUCUCGCGGGCGCCGUAUAGGGUGGACUGCUGUUGUUGUGUCUGCAGCGGUGUCUACUACGGGCGUGUCUAAGCACGCGCGAGAUUGUCAUCCUGUGGCACUCCCACAGCCAGUAUAUUAGUAGUACCCCCACGGACUUGCGCACGCACGCACGCGCGAACUCUCUGGUGAAGUUUCUUCCUAUUUUCUUUUUUCCUUGUCUUACUUGUUUCGUGUCGUCACUGGCUCGGUGGUUGAUUGUCCGGCUGCCCCGCCUCGCUGCGUGUGUCUUGUACAGUCAACGUCAAUGUAUUUCGUGCCUUGUUGUGAGGGUCUGCAUGCCGGUGGCGGUGUGGAGCACAGCACGCGCGGCGCGGGGCAUUGUCCAGCGAAAAAGUGUGGCGUGUGCGCCGUUGCACGUAUAGGGUGGCGCUUGUUGAUAGUUUUUUUCGGCUCUGAACUCUUGUGCUCUUUGGGCUUAGAGAGCAGCGCCGUUGGAGGGUCAUCGCUGAGUGAGCCAGCCAUGCACACUGAAACACCGUGUGCUCCGCCGUAGCUGGUGCUUGGGAGGGGCGUAGGGUCAAGGCCGCGCUGCUGGUCCUGCUGUGCAGGCUGUGGCUUCUGGUGCGUCGUAGAACAUAUAAUAGCGUUACUCGUUUGACCUUAGGGAAUGGAAGGUGUAGGCAUGUCGUUUUUUUUUAUGCUUCUUCGUGUACCUUAUGUCAUGCACACAGUUGCGGUAUGCCUCCCUACCCCCGCCCCCCCCAUGAAACCUCUCGCUGUUCUCGGUGUAUGCAUCUUCUGAUGGCGAUAUUUUAUGCGUAUAGGUUUGUUGUUUGCUCGCUUUUGUGGGGAGGGNGGGGGGGGGGGGGGGGGGGGGGGGGGGGGGGGGGGGGGGGGGGGGGGGGGGGGGGGGGGGGGGGGGCAUGGUGGUUGUAUGGAGGGAUGUACGGGAUGCAUCGAUCGUGAUACACCGGAUCCCCCUUCCUUGGUGGCUUUUCUCGUACCUGGCAACGGCGACAAUCGUUGUGGGGGAGGUAUAGACAAUCGGUGGGAGAAAUACAGUCGUGUAAAUCUGCAGUGACGUUCGGUUACGUAAACCCCACCAGGGCAUCCAUGCAUUUUUUUGUUCUCUUAUUGCAUACCGCGUAUACAUCAUAUUUUCCUUCUAAAAAAAGAAAACGCCUAGUCGUGCCGCUGUGUGCAGGAGAGUAUUGGUGAGGCGCGUCCGCCCCUCUUCCGGCCGAUUUUUUUUCCGUUAUGUUUUCCGACGUAACCAGUUCGUUCGGCAGUGCCUCGCAGCACGGAGGUUACCAAGCGGGGUGGCUUUCAUUGCCAGGAUUAAGUUUUCCUCGUUUAUACGGCUCUUUGUAGGCGCGGGCGCUCUUGCGUGGGCACCGCCGACGGUGCUUGUGUUCAAGUUUCGGCAUGAUUUGUCAGAAUAAUACACUUUUUGCCUGAACUUGGCAUCCACAUUAUGAGUUAAAAGCAGAAUGUGUUGCUUGCGUGUUGCAAUCGGACUUAAAACAGGUACCGGGGCUGUACCUGUGUGAAAUAUGCCGAAUUUGAUAGGCGCUCCCUUUUGUUGGCCGCGCGUCCCUCCUUGGUUCGCCGCGGUUUCGACACGUGAUACGAGACUCUCUGUCGUUCCCCCCCUCGACUGCUACCGCUCUUUAGAUUGUGCUGUGACUACAGUAGCCAAACAGCGGCGCCGGCGUGUCUGUCACCAUGGGCGUGGUUGGUGGCUUGCAGGUGGCAACGACCCAUGUUUUAGAAGAGUUUUGUGUGGCGUUUUUCACAGGUUGCGCUGGUUUCGUUCGUUGCUCAGACUACCUUUGGCGGUGGCGCGCGGCGUCUAGAGGGAGCGGGCACGCGGCAUGUGUGGGAGCUUACUCCCCCCUCCCCUGUAUGGUAUAAUAGAGGGUGAGGCCCCUCCCGUUUCUCUGGGGGUCACAUGGCGGUAUAUAAAUCAUCCGGGCGGGCGAGGAGGGUACAGUCGAAGUCGUUAUUUUGAGGAGAAAUAGCGGACAAUACUCGCUAGUAGCGUGUUUCGCUCGGCGGGCCAAAUGUCACAGAGAUAAAAAGUAAUUGAUAACCUAUUCCAAACCUGACACU